AUGGCGGGCACUACUUUUGGACCACAAAAUUUCACUAGAUUCAUAACAGACAAUUCCACCGUGCAAACCGAAGGCUUUUCAGGCACCAAUGUCUUCAAACUAUGCAUUUACUUGUCCAUCCUUGUUGUGGGUCUCAUCGGAAAUGGGCUUAUCAUAUUUGUGACCGGCUACAAAAUGAAGACUACAGUCAACUCCAUUUGGUUCCUCAACUUAGCAAUUGCAGACUUCAUCUUCUCCUCAGCUCUGAUCACGACCUUAAUUUUAGUCCUUUGCAAGAUGGCUUGGAGCUUCAAUAGCAGGUUCAUCCACUUGAUGCUUUACCUAAACAUGUACGCUAGCAUUUUUCUGCUGACAGCUAUCAGUCUGGACCGAUGCCUGUGCACAUGGGUGAUCGUGUGGACUCAGAACAAUCGAACAGUGUUCAAAGCUAGAAUCAUCUGCAAGAUUGUGUGGGCUUUAUCCAUCGGCUGUAGCAUCCCUGCAGUCAUCAUCCACUCAACAGCAGAGCCGGAGAGAAUCUCUGACUCUCCAACUUCUAUACAAUUCUACAAGUCUUUAGUCACAUAUAAGUUCGUAGUGGGAUUCCUCAUCCCUUUCCUGAUCAUUGCAUCUUCAUAUAUAGCAAUCGGAGUGCGAGUCAAAACCCUCCAAAGGGGGAAGCAGCUCAGAUCGUAUCGUCUCAUUGUAGCUGUGGUCCUGGCCUUUUUCAUAUGCUGGCUUCCUUAUCACAUUCAUAAGUUUUGUUGCAUAAGCGCAAAGGAGAAUCAGUGGAGUGAGUCCGCUAAGGAGGUUUUAUUAAAAACAAAAGCUGUAGUGAACUGCCUGGCUUUUCUAAACAGCAGUCUGAACCCCUUCCUUUAUGUGUUCAUGUGUGAUGAGUAUAAGAAGAAACUUAAACAGUCUCUUCAGCUGGUGCUGGAGACGGCUUUCGCUGAGGAUCAUCUGGACUUCAAAGUCUCAAAGCAAACAAAAGACAUCCCUAUGGCUAUGCUUGCAGGCUGCCAGGAUCAAAAACCAAGCCAUUAA